AUGGAACAAAAUACUAUGGAGGUAGUUAACGAUAAUGCAUCAGAUGAACAAGCUGAUGUUGAAAUGGAACAUCAGUAUGAAAAAGAUAAUGAGUGUAAAGAAGAAAAACAAGGGUCACUUGUUAGUUUAAAUGAAUUAACAGAAAAAUGUUGUGAUACUAAAGAUGAACUACGGGAAAUAAAUGAACAUAUUAGCAAUGAAAAUAAUGAAUAUGUAAACAGCGCAGAUGUUAUGCAAUCACAACAAUUAAAAAGUGACCCAUCAUGUGAAAAUAUAAGUGAAAUUGAAAUUAUACCAGAAUUAAAUGAUGUUAUUGGUCAUGAAUUAGAAGCUGAACACGAUUUUGAAUUUGUUGUUGAGCAAACUGAGAAUUUUGAUUUAAGCUGUGAUGAAACCAAUAUAAUUUCACCUGGUUUUUCUGAUUCACUUUAUACGGAGAGUUUUUAUUGUUCACUUUAUUCAACUAGUUUAUCUAGCCCAUCUAGUAAUUCUCAUUUUUCUUGUUUGCCUGGAACAUCAAAUGAACAUUCAGAAUAUGGUUUAACUAAUGAAGAAGAUUUUUUGUUUAAUUAUCUUGAACCAAUAUCAGAGUCUAAUGAAAUAAUCGAAACAAAAAAAGAUGUUGAGAAUUUUGAAACAUUGUCAUUAGUAAAGCGUAAUCAUAUUGACGAUACAUUUGAAAAAAAAAAGUUAAUAGAAUGCGAUCUUUUACAAUAUGUAUUAGAAAAUGUAAAAUUUGAAGAUAAUAAUGAAGCUCAAAAUAAUUCUGAAUGUUUUGUAGGAGACAAAAUAAUUAUUAACCCUGAUUUAAUGUACAAUAUUGAACUUAAAUUACAUCUUAAAAAAAUGCAACUCUUAGCUGAACAAGUUUUUAAAACACCUGAUGACUUAACAGUAUUAAAUAAAUGUAUGGAAUUAAUGUCAAUCCCUGAAAUGAAAAAAGGGCGACAAAUAAUAACUGAAGAAUGUAGACCACUUUCAGAUAUUUCUGAAUCAAAUUAUUAUAAUAUUCAACACAAGGACUGGAAUAAAAUAAUAGUCAAUCAAGCAGUAGUGCUCUCUCAUUCCGGAUUUGAUUUUGCUUCAAAAGACACUUUAUAUCUUAUAAGAGACGAAGCUGUCAAUUACAUAAAAAGAUUAGCUGGUAUUAUGAAAAAAAAUUUUGAUACUCAAUCAAAUAGCUCUUCUCCAAGUAAUAUUGAUCCAAUUCAGAAUAGUCUUCAAGAGAUGGGCAUGAAAGAUGGCAUGGCAGAAUUGAUCAAAUAUUAUGAAAAUGAUGUAUUUGGUAGGCGUAAAAGGUUAUUGAAGGAAUGUGAACACUUUCAAUCAACAAUUAAUCAGUUUGUAAAACGUUCAUUAUUAACUUCUACGGUUAAAAACAAAUAUGAUAAUCAAGAACUUUUUGUUGAAGAACAAUCAACUAGUAAAAUAAAUGCUAUAGAGGAGAAUGUAUUCACAGAUAAAAAAUCAUCCACAAGUACUGAAUCUGGGCAUAUUGAUAACAUGGACGCAGAUCCAGUAAAAUCUGAAUAUAUUAAGACUGAUACAUUUGAUGUUUAUAAUAGAAAGAUGUACUAUACAAAAUGUUUGAACACUGAUGUACAAUUUAACGAUCUCUUGAAAUGUUCACAUAUGAUAUCUGAACCCUCAAACAGCUCAAACUCUAAAUUAGAUUCAUUUACAAAAAAAAAAUCAUUUUUAAGUACUGAUAAUUCAUCCAAAAGACAGACGGAAAAAAGUAAUAACCUUCCGAAAAAUGUAAAACUUUCUGAUGUACUUAAGUCUGGUAAUACUUUUGGUGCAACUGAAAAUAACAUCAAUAUGUCAAAAAUCCAAUCUACCUCAACUUUUAAUAAAACUAUUCCUAAUUCUGUUAAAUCUAUUGGAUUAGAUCAAGCAGCUUUCCAAAAAAUUAUUGAUGAAUUUAAAGGAAAUUUCAAACAUGAAUCUGUUUACGAUAACAGUUCAAAAAAUAUUCGUUUCAAAAAUAAUCCAGAUAUCGAUGAUGCAAUGAAUGGAGAUUAUUCAGAUGAUCCCAGGUGUGAACCAGAAUAA